AUGGGAGGUGAGAUAUGUGGGAGAUUAUCAACUGGUUUUUGUUCACCAUUGAUGAAAAGCUUGAAUGAAACAGUAUCAAAAAGCAAACUUGGCAAGUUCUUCAAAUUGGAAGAAAGGAAAACAUGUUUUACUAGAGAAUUAACUGCGGCAACCGCCACUUUCCUCACCAUGGCCUACAUAAUUACGGUUAAUGCCACCAUUCUAACUGACUCUGGCGGGACAUGUUCUGUCUCUAACUCCGAUGUUUCUUACCAAAAAUGCCUCUCCAAUGUGAAAACGGAUCUUAUAGUUGCAACAGCAUUAUCAUCAAUGAUUGGGUCAUUUGCCAUGGGUAUUUUCGCCAAUUUACCUCUUGGUCUGGCUCCGGGUAUGGGUCCAAAUGCUUACUUGGCAUAUAAUCUUGUCGGGUUUCAUGGAUCCGGAUCCAUUUCAUACCAAACCGCAAUGGCAAUUGUUCUUGUUGAAGGAAUCGCAUUUCUCAUCAUUGCGGUUUUGGGGCUCCGUGGAAAGUUGGCUCGACUCAUACCUAAAGCAGUCCGGCUGGCUUGCGCGGCUGGGAUUGGGCUCUUCAUUGCAUUUGUCGGGUUACAAUCGAGCCAAGGAGUGGGUCUUGUGGGUCCUGACCCGACGACUUUGGUUACAAUCACAGCUUGCUCGAGUAUGGACCCGACGACGGGUCAAUGCACUACGAGCAAGAUGACAAGUCCUACGUUCUGGCUCGGCUCGGCUGGCUUCCUAAUAAUAUGUCAUUGCUUAACUAAGAAAAUCAAAGGAAGCAUGAUAUAUGGAAUAAUAUUUGUGACAAUAAUUUCAUGCAUUAGGGGCACAACCUUCACAAAUUUUCCUAACACGCCAAUUGGGGACUCGAGAUACGAAUAUUUCAAAAAGAUAGUUGAUUUUCACACGAUUAAGUCAACCGCGGGAGCAAUAAGCUUCUCCGGUUUCAACACGAGCCAGGUUUGGCUCGCCUUGGCAACUUUGUUAUACGUCGACGUGUUAUCCACAACGGGUACAUUAUACACCAUGGCCGAAAUAGCGGGGCUUGUAGACGAAAAUGGUAGUUUUGAAGGCGAAUAUCAAGCCUACAUGGUCGAUGCAUGCGCGACCGUGGUAGGGUCCGCACUUGGCGUAUCGCCGAUAGCGACUUACGUGGAAUCGUCGGCUGGGAUUCGGGAAGGGGGUAGGACAGGAUUGACGGCGGUUAUUGUUGGAUUAUACUUUUUAGCGUCGGUAUUUUUUGUCCCGAUUCUUUCGAGUGUGCCUCCUUGGGCUAUAGGUCCUUCUUUGGUUACGGUUGGGGUGAUGAUGAUGAAAGUGGUGAAAGACAUUGAUUGGAGUGACACUAGAGAUGCAGCUUCGGCAUUUGUGACUAUGAUUCUCAUGCCAUUGACUUAUUCGAUAUCAAACGGUUUGAUUGGUGGAAUUGGUGUUUACGUGACUCUUGGAUUUUACGAUUAUGUCGUGGGAAUGGUUAAGUGGGGUAUGAAGAUGAGAAAAGUUGUGGCGAAUGAACGAAACCAAGUUUCGGCCGCGGCUAUAAUCUCGGGUUCGGAGAUGUUGGAUGUGAUUUAGAUGAUAAAAAAAGGUUGGAUGUUUCUUUUAUGAUUGUUUGUGUUUUUUUUUUGUUUAAGGUCUUGUUGGGGCUUAGAAUGUUUAUGAUGAUGCACAAGCUACCAUGAGAGGUAAACUAUCUAGUUUUAGUACUAGUGGUUUGAAUGGCCUUUGAGGGCAGCUUGUGCAUGUAUUAAUUUCUUUAUAUAAUUAUUCACAAUUGUGUCA